AUUUAUCCCAUGAAAUGACAACUACGCCCCUUAAACCCCAAUGCCAGAGGAUUCAUCUCUAGGUCAGAAGCGGAAGAGAGAGAAAUAGGCCGACGUGAUUAAGAAGCUCCCCGGCGGCGAGAGCUGAUGGCUUUACCGGCCACUUCUGCACUAUCUCCAGCUCCUUCGAGCUUUCCUAUAUGCAAAGGCCAGCGGCGGUGCCAACUCCAUAGCGGCUUAGCAAUAUGUGCCUGGAAUCACCCAACAUGUGCCACUCGUUCUGUAAGACUACGAACAAUGGCACAGUUCCAUGAACCUCCUAAAGUCAUGAUGCAUAUGAAUAACGUCAGGAAGAAAUUGUGGGAGGUCAUCCCUCAUUCAGUUAAAGAUUUCCCAUGGAAGAAAGCAGAGGAGAUAAUGCUGCAGCAAUUGCUCCUUGCUGGACAGGAGGCAUUGAAGUGGUCUCUUCUUGCAUUGGGUGUUUGUAGUUUGGUGUCAGAUGUCAUAUACUCCAUCUCUAGAAACAUGGAGUUGGUGAUUCCCUUUGGUCUCUUUGUUGGCUGCACGAUGACCAAUUUCUUGAUGGAAACUUCUCAAGAAUUGUUUCCCAUUUCAGAGCAUAUUCCGUUUGGCAGGAAAGAGGUCGGCGCUGGCACCUCUUGGGCAUAGGCUGCUUUUUUGCUCUUAUUAAGAUUAUAUCUUUAUAUUUUGGGAUACAAGGACAAAUAUUUCUUUUGCAUGCUGCAAAUGGUGGUUGGAUGCAAGUUCUGUGGCUCUGGAAUGGUUUGAUGGAGAAACAAGACAGAGACAGCGGAGAUAACUCUAUGCACGAAGAUGCUUCCUCUGCAUGAAUACAGAUUGAGUGAAUAUACAAUUUUGUUGUAAAUCAAGAGCUCAAUUGUGACUUUUUUCCUGUUUGUACUUGAAUCGGAUGCUUCCAAUGAGAAGGAAUUAGGGGAUCAGGUUUUUUUUGUUUGAAAUACAACAAAGUUGGUUGUCGUUGAAAUUAUCAAAAAACUUUCUAUUCUACAGAGAAAAGAGAUAUAUAUGAGAGCUUUUGGCAAUCAAAUGUGGAAAA